AUGCUGCCGGCGUCUGUACCAGCCUCUGAGGUGUUUUACGACGCCUCAAUGCGAGCCGUUCCAGCAGACCUGUCUCAGGCGAUAGAGUUUGACUACAAGCGCGCCAAGGUGGUGCUUGCCAUUCUGUGCAUCCAGUAUGGCAACGUCAGGCAGCUGGCGACCCACAUGGGCGACUACGUCACCAUGUGCGCGGCGGAUGGGUUCCACAACGAGGCCAGGUGGCCUAUCAGUCUGCCCGAGACGGAGGUGCAGGAGAGGCGGCGGUUGUUCUGGGGAGCCUACACCAUUGACGUGUACUCUGCUACCACUUGGGGUCUGGUCGUGCGCCACCGCGAGUACCAGAGCAAUGUCCUCUACCCCACAGAAGUGUACGACGACGACGAGAUCACCGAGACUGGCAUCGAGCCACGACCAGGUCCGCGCAAGGUCUCCUUCUUGACCGGAUGGAACUUUACGAGCGACCUGUAUCGUAUCCUGGAGCAUGCGCUUGACCAACUGCGCAUGCGUGCACACUUCAAUGACAACUCGCGAGUGACGGCUCUGUACGCAGACCGUGCUGGGCCAUCGGUCGAGGAGGUGCUCGAGGUCGUAGACAGGCUGUAUGACGAUCUGCCAGCAGAAUUCAAGUUUGCAAAGGCCAUGAGCGGUAACAUUGACGAGGACCGAUACGGGUACCAAGCGGCCGACAUUAUCGUCACGAUGCAGACAGUCAAGAUGGUCAUGACGGGUCUGUCGGACACGACCACCGUGGAGAAGCGCUGCAACAUUGCCGGCGGUCUGCUUGACGCGCUGUCGACGGUGCCAACAGCAUACAUCCAGGGCAUUAGUUCUCCGAUCCUCCACCACCUUGCCGGUGUCGGUCACCUGCUAGGCGGUGUGAUUCAGUCACCAAUCUCCUAUGUCAACUACUUGCACGUCCGCACCGUGCUCCUCGCCAUGGUCCAGCUUCUCUCCCAGCUGGAAUCCACACUCAACGCCGCGCAGGGCAUCGCCGACAAGCUGCGCGACCACGUCUCGCGAAUCGACCAGUACAUGACUGCUGCCGCCGUCGAGUCGCGUCGCGACCAGGUAUACCACCGCGUGAUGCCACCUACGGCGUGGAACGCCAGUCCACCGAGUCGUCCGGGCCACGUAUACGGUGGGGCCAUGGAUGACCGUGUGCGCAACAGCAACACGCACAGCCCAUCCCAGCCGUCGUCCGUUCCCGCAAUCUCGCCCGACGCCGGUGUCAUGGGUGGUCAGGGCGGCCACAGCUGGCAGUCGACGUCGUCCAGCUCGACCAUGCCGGCUGUUCCCGCCGCCGGCGCAGUCCCUGGCGCCGGACACGACUUUGUCCUCGACGACCUGUUAAAAUUCAACUUCCCCGCCCAGACUGAGCCCAACGAACAGGUCCAGCUGCCAGACGAUCUAUUGAUCGACUGGCCAUUCGACAUGAGCGAGGCGUUUGACUUUCUCGGCAACAACUUUCCGGCGUGA